CAAAGUGCUGUGCCCAGCGCGCGGCUGCGGGCAGGAGUCAGUAUCAACGCUCGGCCCCAAGGGAAGGAUGAUUCCCCCAGCCCAAGAUCGAUUCCGCCUUUCUCCCACCUCGCCCCAGUCCUCUGGCGCGGCCCCAAUUCAAGCCGCCGCUAAAACCGUCCACCGCCAGGAUGGCAGACGAGGAGGUUCGUCCGAUGCCGCUCAAACUGUCGCCCCUUCCCAUGCUCUCGCCUUACCGGGCUCCGUGCCUGGCGUCCAACAGAUGUUCUUUCUCCGUGGCCUCCAUGCGGCCCCGCGCGCCGGCCGCCCCGCCGAGUGCGCCUUCGAAGUUGCGCGCCGGCUGGUCCGCGGCGCUCGCGCUCCUGCGCGGGAAGGAGUCCCCGCGCCGGCCGGCUGACCCCUCUCUUGCUCCCGCCGCCCCUGCCCGUGCGCCCCGCGGCUGCUCGCUCCGCCGCGCGCCUACUCGGGUCCCUGCCGCUCCGGGGCCGCCGCUGCACAGCUGCUGCUCCGGCUCCGCGCGCCCAGCGCUCCCACCUCUCGGUCCCGCCGGAUGCGCCCGGCGCUCGCCCCGCGCCCCGCCGGCUUUAUCCCGCCCGGGCCACCUCGUGUGAAGCGGGCCGCCGCACGUCGUGUGCAAAAGCCCGCGGGGAAGGGGGAGGGAGGUGACCGGCUGCAAAGGGUGCCCGGACGCUGCCCCCGAUGAGCCCGUGGGGCCCGAUGAGCCGACCUGGCCUGCCGACGGAUGCCUAACCGCCCUCGCCUGGCUCUACCGCUCGGGGAUUCUGAGUCAAGACUGAGCGAGGGCUGGGCCCAUCGAAAAGUUCUCGGACCUUGGUUUGUAGGAACCCGCAAAUGCCCUGAGGGGAUCCUCCUCGCUUCAGCAUACGGGCUCCUGAAGCUGGGGUUGCAUACCGCCGCCCCCCCACCCCCCCCCCUGCCUGGAGACUCCUGAGGACUUGAUGGGUUUUUCCCUCAGCUUAAAGGCUGAUCAAGGCUUGCUCACGUUUCCCUUCUAGGGCUAGAGACUCCCGAGGUCUACUUUGUUCCUCCUCCCAGACUAGGAGACUCCUGAGGGCCAUGGAAUGCUCUCGCCCCAGGCUGGAGGCAUCAGCACUCCAUAGGGCUAGUCCCUGAGGCAGUUCCUCCUCUCCUGUACUCCCGCAUCAGAAUCUGGAGUGGCUGCCUUUAUCUAUACCCUGCAGCACUUCAUCAGGAGUUGGCCUCUGGGCAUAACUGACACCACCACCACCACCCCUUCCCCACCCAGCAGCAGCUCACAGAAGCAUGAUCUUCGAGAAAGGUCCUGGAUCAAGAACGAAUUUUACCGCCCUUACAUGUUCUGGUUUGCAAGGACAGGAAGAGAUACACUUCUUUGCAAUUGACAGAUAUCUUCCUAGAAUAUAAGCUUUGACUACAGAGCCUUGACUGCCUUCUCUUCUCUUGCAGAUAAGUGGCAAGCUGUCGGGCUGACACGCUUAUUUCCCAUGUAAUCAAUAACCUGAGAAUUAAUCCGGA